CUUAGCCGGUGACCGCAGUAGGGUCGAGAAACUUCUGUUGAUCUCUCCCUCUCUGGAGGUGAAUGGUUUGAGCGUAGGCAGUUACGUAACAAGGCUCUUACUUCACAGAGCCGGCAUUCUGAAGAACUUCGUGUCAGCAGUAGGACGAAAGGAGACUCGUUUUCUGUUUAUUUUAUAUAGAAUAUAUAGAGCUAGGAUUAAAACCGCCGGAAUAUACCAGUCAUGUCAGUAGUAGGGAUCGAUGUGGGUUUUCAGAACUGCUACGUAGCGGUGGCAAGGAGCGGAGGCAUUGAGACCAUCGCUAACGAAUACAGCGACAGAUGCACACCUGCCUGUGUUUCUUUGACACCGAAAAAUCGUGUAAUUGGGAAUGCUGCAAAAAGCCAGAUUAUAACAAAUGCAAAGAACACAGUUCAUGGCUUUAAGAGGUACCAUGGCAGAGCAUUUGAUGAUCCAUUUAUCCAGGCUGAAAAGUCCAAGGUUCCCUACACCCUGCAAAAGAUGUCAAAUGGAAAUAUAGGAAUCAAGGUUCGUUACCUUGAUGAAGACCGGGUAUUUACAAUUGAACAAAUCACUGGAAUGCUAUUGACCAAGAUAAAAGAGACAUCAGAGAGUGCUUUAAAGAAACCAGUAGCUGACUGUGUCAUUGCUGUUCCCAGUUUUUUCACAGAUGCUGAAAGAAGGUCAGUGAUUGAUGCCGCUCAGAUUGCUGGCCUUAACUGUUUACGUCUUAUAAAUGAUACAACAGCAGUGGCUCUUGCUUAUGGAAUAUAUAAACAAGAUCUCCCAGCCCCAGAAGAGAAGCCCAGGAAUGUUGUGUUUAUUGACAUGGGACAUUCUGCAUUUCAAGUUUCAAUUUCUUCAUUUAAUAAAGGAAAACUAAAGGUACUUGCUACAGCAUUUGAUCCUUAUCUUGGAGGAAGAAAUUUUGAUGAAGUUCUUGUGGAUUAUUUCUGUGAAGAGUUUAAGACCAAAUAUAAGCUCAAUGUGAAGGAAAACAUCAGGGCAUUGCUCCGUCUGUUUCAGGAGUGUGAGAAACUAAGAAAGCUGAUGAGUGCAAACUCUUCUGAUCUUCCACUAAAUAUUGAGUGCUUUAUGAAUGAUAUUGAUGUUUCAUCCAAAAUGAACAGGUCAACAUUUGAAGACCUUUGUGCGCACCAUCUAGCCAGGAUAGAAGCACCUUUAAAAGCUGUAAUGGAGCAAGCAAAGCUCACCCGUGAUGAUGUUUAUGCCGUUGAAGUGAUUGGAGGUGCUACCCGAAUGCCAGCAGUAAAAGAAAGGCUCAUGAAGUUUUUCGGAAAAGAAAUUAGCACCACACUGAAUGGAGAUGAAGCUGUAGCACGAGGAUGUGCCUUACAGUGUGCAAUUUUGUCACCAGCAUUUAAAGUUAGAGAGUUUUCAAUAACAGAUGUGGUUCCUUUCCCAAUAACCUUAAAGUGGAAAUCAUCUCUGGAUGAAGGUGUUGGAGAAUGUGAAGUUUUUUGCAAGAAUCAUCCUGCUCCGUUUUCAAAAGUUAUCACUUUCCACAAGAAGGAGCCCUUUGACCUGGAAGCUUAUUACAGUAGCUCUCAAGAUCUUCCAUAUCCAGAUACUAGAAUAGGCACCUUUUCCGUCCAAAAUGUGGUUCCACAACCUGAUGGUGAUAACUCUAAAGUGAAAGUCAAAGUACGUGUCAAUGUGCAUGGAAUUUUCAGUGUGUCUACUGCAUCCUUAAUAGAAAAACAGAAAGGAGGAGCUGAUCAGGCUGAAGAAGUACCCAUGGAAACUGAGUCUAUUAUUCAGAAUGAGACCAAGCCAGAGGAACAGCAUUCCUGCCAAUUUAUUGAAGAUGAAGUCUUUGACUUUGAUGAGGAGUAUAAAAUGCAGGUAGAUCAGGAAGAUGGAAAACAAAAAGACCAGACUGAUGCACAAAACCAAGCUACAGAAGAAAGUGCAGCUUCAGAAUCCAAGGAAAAUGCCUCAGGAGACAAGCAAGAGCAGUCCAGUGGACAGUCAAAAGCUAAAGUAAAGGUGAAGAGUAUUGAUCUGCCAAUACUUGCUAAGACCCUUAGACAGGUGGAACGUGACCACCUUAAUAGCUUCAUUGAAAAUGAGGGAAAAAUGAUAAUGCAAGACAAGUUAGAGAAGGAGCGAAAUGAUGCUAAAAAUGCUGUUGAAGAAUAUGUUUAUGACCUUCGAGAUAAGCUGUGUGGUAUCUAUGAAAAGUUCAUCAGUGAAGAUGACAAUAGUAAGCUGUGUCUUAUGCUUGAAGACACAGAAAACUGGCUUUAUGAAGAGGGAGAGGACCAGCCGAAACAAGUAUAUGUUGACAAGCUCGUGGAACUGAAGAAAUAUGGCCAGCCCAUUCAGGAUAGGUACAGAGAACAUGAAGAGAGACCAAAGGCAUUUGAUGAUCUCGGGAAGAAGGUGCAGAUGUUUAUGAAAGCUGUUGAAGCAUUUAAAAAGAAGGAUGAAAGAUAUGACCAUUUGGAUACUGAAGAAAUGGCCAAAGUAGAAAAAUGUGCCAAUGAGACAAUGGCUUGGAUGAACAGCAAAAUGAAUGCACAGAGCAAAUUAAGUGUAACCCAAGAACCUGCAGUGAAAGUAGCAGACAUAAUGUCAAAAGCCCAGGAACUGGACAGCACAUGUAGUCCAGUCAUCAACAAGCCAAAGCCUAAGGUGGAAGUCCCAAGCGAGGAGAAGGAGAAAGCAAACAGCGCACAUAAUGGGCCUGUCAAUGGUCAAAACGCAGCAGAUUGCAAGCCAGAUGUAGCAGGUGAUGGGACUCCUCCUACAAAACCAGCAACAGGUGAAAUGGAAGUGGACUGAGCCACCAUGUCCGUUCUCACCAAGAUGAAGCGCAAUUGUAGAUACUAUGGUCCAUGUUCACCUCAUGUUUGAUUUUCAAGAUUUUACUGGAUUCCUUUUCAUGAUCCAAAGUCUACCCGCAGUACAGAGUGCUAGCUAUUUUUUUAUUUUGGAAGACUGAUUCUUUAUUGUUAGGUUAUCAGUGUUGGCUAGCAGCUUUAUGAAAAAGAUAUUUAUACUGUUGUGUUCCUAGAGCCUGCACUGUGUGAAGAGUUUAUUUAUUUUAAAUACAGUGCAGAAUUAUUCCAUUUUAUGUCUUUGUGUUUGUACUUUAAUAGAUAAAAAAAAAAAAACAAUUCCCAGGUACAAUAUAGCUGUGUGUCCACGAUUCGUCUUGUGGAAUGUAAUCCCAAAGUUUUGGGGACAGGGUUUUGACACAGAAAUAUAAGCCUAUGUUUCCAUCAAUUCAAAUAAAUAUUGUUAGCUAUAUUUAUUUGAAUUUGUCUUCUGCCUAAAAUUUGUAAAUAAGUUACCUUGCUUUUACUGGUGCCUGCUAGCUUGAUAGUAAAAAUGGUGAAGAUUUGCAGUUGUAGAAAUACUUAAGCCCAGUGGUUGGGGAAGCUGCACAAAAAUAUCAAGCUAAAUGAUACAUUCCUGUAACUGGAGUCUGUCAAAUUAGUGAACAGCAAAUUGUGGGAUUUCCCUGUUAAACGCUAAAGAGGUUUGAAUGAUUGUCUACAUCUGUAUGCUCUUUUUCUGAUGCAGAGCUCUGCCUUCGCUAGCACUGGGAAAGAAUUUGUUCAGAAUCCGAGAGCUCAGAGAGAAUUUAUUUAUGACUGUACAUGUGGCACUUCAUCCACAUCUGUGUUUGUUAUCUUCCAAGCAAAAGUGUUUUUUUUUUUUGUUUUGUUUCCCCAGUGAAUUUUGUCUCGAAUUUUGAUUUGUGUAAUUGUUUUCUUCUGCACUGUGAUACACCUGGUCCAUCCUGUACCACUCCUUAUGCUGCCACACGUGUCUGUUUUGCACUUAUACCUCUUUCUACAUGUUAAACACUUGUGGCAGCCACUCGCCUCUAUCCAGCAGUGCUCAUGUUGCACAUCCUUUUAGACGUUUUUGUUAUGUCAGCAUUUCAUAACUCACCUAACUUUUCCAUUCCAUUCAGUGUUUAUUUUCACAGAGAUUUGUUUGUGAGCUUAAUGGACUAUUAUGGCAAGGCUUUCCACUGGCUGUGUUUUUCAUUAAUGUUGGUUUGUUGUAUUCUUUAUGAUAAUUAGUUUUAACUUAACAGCUUCAAAGAUGCAUUCGAGUUUUAUUACAUUUGCAAGAUAAAAUGCACUGUAACUUUUUGCAGAGAAUUUGCUUUGUAUUUUUAGAGUAAUGGUGUAAUAAAGCAAGACAUGUUGCUGAAACCAACUUAAGCAAAAGGAGGUUCUAGUGACCGGCUAUACUGCUUUCAGCCAUACCCGUGUGUUAUCCAAAGGGGAGCGAGGGAGGCAAAGAGAAGAAGAAUGUACAGUAGUUUUGGAGUUCAAGCAAAAUCAACCUGUCAGCCGGCAUACACGUCAGAAGAUCAUUUUGUUGGCACGUACCUCGAGCAGAUUUUCUUUUGGUUGACAGUUUCAGAAAAAGUCUCAGUCGGGCUUCCCAAAAGUCUGCAUCUCUGUAUUGCAUAUUCUGUUUGAUGACAGAUAUUCUCUGAAACUCGGGGCUGCUCCAGCUUUUCUGAAUGUGUUUACUGAAGCUGUGCUAAAUAUAACAUGAAGCAUUGGCAGGUUUUUUCAUUUCAAUUGUUAAUGUUUAAUAAACAAAUCUAAACCUAAAGCUGCUUGUAUCAAAAAUAAGUAGAAUAUAUUUUUAAAUGUGUUUCAACUGAAAGAUGUUUAACACUGACUGAAAUAGAUUAGAAGUGUACAUCAAUGUUUGAAACAGAGUUAUGUACAAAACAGCCAUUUUUGCCGUCCCUUUAGGAUGCAAGAUAAGAGAGUAAGAGGGACCUGCCUGGUUUUGAAGUCAUUUGUAAAGUCCGAGUUUCACACUGUGGCGGCGGCUGCUGCGUAUAUUUUGGUGAGCCUUAUUCCUCUUGCUCUUUGGAGGAUUGACAGCAUGAAAAGAGCUUGCCCAGGAUCGUAUGUACUUCUUUUUGAAAAUGAUUAUGCAGUUUCUGUUGUGAGAUCUCUUUAAUUUGUAGCUCAGGAUAUGAUCAGUGUCAUCUGUUCACAGCCACCAUUGUAUUCUUAGUCAUGCAAUGGAAAACAAAGCCUGGCUGACUGAGAUUACAAUGUGCAUAUCCUCUGAGCCUGUGUAUCAUGUCUGCCAAUGUCGUUUAGAACUGUCCAAGUUUUACUUUGUUUUUAGGUCAUUUGGUGGGUUUCCAUUACCACUCAUUUUGUUCUUGCUAACAAAGUAUACUUUUAAUGCACUGCACUCUUUCUGGGCCUGGGACAUAGCAAGAAUUACAAGUCCUCUUUGUUUCUCAAUCAGUUCUUGCUUUUAACAUAGAUCAUUUAUAGGCAAUAAUGUGAGACGCUAUAUGGCUUCACUCGAGCCAGUGUGUUCCUUCAGUGUUAAUGGAAACCCAACUUCAGGUUCUUGCUUUGCUGUUCCAAUAACUGGUCCCAGUUGUUUGCUGUCUCUUGGCUAAUGGAUUCCAUCCAUAAAGCUAUCAGCAGUAGUGAAAUACACCUCCUUGUAUUCUAAGGCGUGUAAUUCUCCAAAACCAAAAAGGAACAGGUAUUAAACACUUCAAAAAGAA